AAUAAAGCUCCUUUUUGCAGAAUUUUUGCGGAGGUUAGACACUUUCUCAAGGCUGAGCGCCUUUCCCGAGGAGUCCUUUCCGCUGGAUUAGCGGUAGGAGGGAGCAGCACCGGAGGAUGGACUAUACGUAGUAUGCCACAUGUGGUCUAAAUCUCUCACUUUCCCAUUUUCACUAGUUUCUGUACCAUUAUGUGAUGAAGAAACGAUGCAUUUCCACCACGCAGCUAACGCGAGCGUAUAAACAACGUGACCUCCAGUACGCAGAGGGGUUGCCAUGGUAACCGAGGGUUGACAAUCAGACAGGAGUUUGUGUGCCAAAAGUUAGCUAACGUAGUUUCUUGCUUUGGUCAGUCUUGGUUGUGCUUUAAAACCCGUCUAUGUCUAAAGUAGCAGCUCGUAAAAAAACAAACAAAAACAAAAUAUGGACAGCACUUUAGGAAAAACAGAAAAUCCAGAGGAAAACCACAGUAACACAGCAGCCAUGAAUGACACUGAGGCGAUUCAAGUGAGUUUUGCAAGUGAAAACUCUGAUGAGGAACCAACAAAAAUUUCCACCGAAGCUCAAGAUGAAGUAGGAAGAGGAGAGACUCAAAACAACUGCAUGAAGAGACUGCGAUCCAGUUGGCAAGCUAUUUUGAUAGUGGUUUUGAUGGUGCUUUUUUGUGUUGUGACAGCCCUCCUCUUCACCAAGAUAAAUAAAGAGCAAAGUCUGACAGCAGAAAUACAGCUCAUGAGAGAGGAGAUAUUCAUGGCAUGGGACAACACCAAGCAGCUGCAAAUAAAAAACAAUGAGCUGAAGCAACUUCUGAGCUCAACUUAUCAAAACUGCCCACUCCUGGGAAAUGAGAACCACCAAGUGGCACUGCUGCUAAAUGCCACACUGUACAAACUCACCUUGCUGUCAGCUGAGAAAACACAGCUGAGCUUGCUCUCAAAAAAUACAUCGCACGAAAAAACACAGUUGCAAGUGGAGAGCAAAGAGCUGAUUGUGCUUCUAAAUUCAACCCUGCAAAACUGGACCCUUGUAGAAGAGGACACACAUCUGAACGUGCUGCUGAAUGAGUCGCUGCGCAUCAUCACCCUGGCAGCUACAGAAAAUAAACGGUUAAGCUUGCUGUUGGACAAUGAACAUCAAACCUCCAAGCAGCAGCAAACAGAAAACAAUGAGCUGAAGCAACUUCUGAGCUCCACUUAUCAAAUGUGCACCCUCCUGGGAAAUGAGAACCACCAACUGACGCUGCUGUUAAAUGCUACACGGUACAACUUCAACGUGCUGACAGCUGAGAAAACACAGCUGAGCCUGCUCUUGAAGAAAAAAGUGAACGAAAAAACACAGUUGCAGGUGGAGAGUAAAGAGCUGAAUGUGCUUCUGAAUUCAACCCUGCAAAACUGGAACCUUGUAAAAGAGGAGAAAAGACAACUGAACGUGCUGCUGAACAAGUCUCUACGCAACAUCACUCUGGCAUCUGCAGAAAAUAAACGGUUGAACUUGCUGCUAGAUGAUGAACAGCAAACCUCCAAGCAGCUGCAAUUACAAAACAGUGAGCUGAAGCAACUUCUGAACUCCACUUGUCAAAACUCUACCUUCCUGGGAAAUGAGAACCACCGACUGAUGCUGCUGCUAAAUGCCACAAUGAACAACUUCACCUUGCUGACAGCUGAAAAAACACAGCUGAGCCUACUCUUGAAGAACACACUGAAUGAAAAAACACAGUUGCAAGUAGGGUGUAAAGAGCUGAAUGUGCUUCCAAAUUCAAGCCUGCAAAAUUGGACCCUUGUAGAAGAGGAAAACAGAAAAUUGAACGUGCGUCUGAACGACUUGCUGCGCAUCAACACCCUGGAGUCUGCAGAAAAUGCACGUUUGAACUUGCUGUUAGAUGAUGAACAGCAAACCUCUAUGCAGCUGCAAGUUGAAAACAAUGAGCUGAAGCAACGUCUGAGCUCGACUUAUGAAAACGUCACCUUCCUGGGAAAUGAGAAGCACCGACUGAUGCUCCUGCUAAAUGCCACAAUGUACAACCUCACCUUGCUGUCAGCUGAAAAAACACAGCUGAGCCUGCUCUCGAGGAAUACAUCGCACGAAAAAACACAGUUGCAAGUGGAGAGCAAAGAGCUGAUUGUGCUUCUAAAUUCAACUCUGCAAAACUGGACCCUUGUAGAUGAGGACACACAUCUGAACAUGCUGCUGAACGAGUCGCUGCGCAUCAUCACCCUGGCAGCCACAGAAAAUAAACGGUUAAGCUCGCUGUUGGACAAUGAACAUCAAACCUCCAAGCAGCAGCAAACAGAAAACAAUGAGCUGAAGCAACUUCUGAGCUCCACUUAUCAAAUGUGCACCCUCCUGGGAAAUGAGAACCACCAACUGACGCUGCUGUUAAAUGCUACACGGUACAACUUCAACGUGCUGACAGCUGAGAAAACACAGCUAAGCCUGCUCUUGAAGAAAAAAGUGAACGAAAAAACACAGUUGCAGGUGGAGAGUAAAGAGCUGAAUGUGCUUCUGAAUUCAACCUUGCAAAACUGGAACCUUGCAGAAGAGAAGAACAGACAACUGAACGUGCUGCUGAACGAGUCGCUACGCAACAUCACUCUGGCAUCUGCAGAAAAUAAACGGUUGAGCUUGCUGCUAGAUGAUGAACAGCAAACCUCCAAGCAGCUGCAAUUACAAAACAGUGAGCUGAAUCAAAUUCUGAACUCCACUUGUCAAAACUCUACCUUCCUGGGAAAUGAGAACCACCGACUGAUGCUGCUGCUAAAUGCCACAAUGAACAACUUCACCUUGCUGACAGCUGAAAAAACACAGCUGAGCCUGCUCUUGAAGAACACACUGAAUGAAAAAACACAGUUGCAAGUAGAGUGUAAAGAGCUGAAUUUUCUUCCAAAUUCAACCCUGCAAAACUGGACCCUUGUAGAAGAGGAAAACAAACAACUGAAAGUACAUCAGAACGACUUGCUGCGCAUCAUCACCCUGGGGUCUUCAGAAAAUGAACGUUUGAACUUGCUGUUAGAUGAUGAACAGCAAACCUCUAUGCAGCUGCAAGUUGAAAACAGUGAGCUGAAGCAACGUCUGAGCUCAACUUAUGAAAACGUCACCUUCCUGGGAAAUGAGAAGCACCGACUGAUGCUCCUGCUAAAUGCCACAAUGUACAACCUCACCUUGCUGACAGCUGAAAAAACACAGCUGAGCCUGCUCUCGAGGAAUACAUCGCACGAAAAAACACAGUUGCAAGUGGAGAGCAAAGAGCUGAUUGUGCUUCUAAAUUCAACUCUGCAAAACUGGACCCUUGUAGGUGAGGACACACAUCUGAACAUGCUGCUGAACGAGUCGCUGCGCAUCAUCACUCUGGCAGCCACAGAAAAUAAACGGUUAAGCUCGCUGUUGGACAAUGAACAUCAAACCUCCAAGCAGCAGCAAACAGAAAACAAUGAGCUGAAGCAUCUUCUGAGCUCCACUUAUCAAAUGUGCACCCUCCUGGGAAAUGAGAACCACCAGCUGACGCUGCUGUUAAAUGCUACAUGGUACAACUUCAACGUGCUGACAGCUGAGAAAACACAGCUGAGCAUGCUCUUGAAGAAAAAAGUGAACGAAAAAACACAGUUGCAGGUGGAGAGUAAAGAGCUGAAUGUGCUUCUGAAUUCAACCUUGCAAAACUGGAACCUUGCAGAAGAGAAGAACAGACAACUGAACGUGCUGCUGAACGAGUCGCUACGCAACAUCACUCUGGCAUCUGCAGAAAAUAAACGGUUGAGCUUGCUGCUAGAUGAUGAACAGCAAACCUCCAAGCAGCUGCAAUUACAAAACAGUGAGCUGAAUCAAAUUCUGAACUCCACUUGUCAAAACUCUACCUUCCUGGGAAAUGAGAACCACCGACUGAUGCUGCUGCUAAAUGCCACAAUGAACAACUUCACCAUGCUGACAGCUGAAAAAACACAGCUGAGCCUACUCUUGAAGAACACACUGAAUGAAAAAACACAGUUGCAAGUAGGGUGUAAAGAGCUGAAUGUGCUUCCAAAUUCAACCCUGCAAAAUUGGACCCUUGUAGAAGAGGAGAACAGACAAUUGAACGAGCGUCUGAACGACUUGCUGCGCAACAUCACCCUGGGGUCUGCAGAAAAUGAACGUUUGAACUUGCUGUUAGAUGAUGAACAGCAAACCUCUAUGCAGCUGCAAGUUGAAAACAGUGAGCUGAAGCAACGUCUGAGCUCAACUUAUGAAAACUUCACCUUCCUGGGAAAUGAGAAGCACCGACUGAUGCUCCUGCUAAAUGCCACAAUGUACAACCUCACCUUGCUGUCAGCUGAAAAAACACAGCUGAGCCUGCUCUCGAGGAAUACAUCACAUGAAAAAACACAGUUGCAAGUAGAGAACAAAGAGCUGAUUGUGCUUCUAAAUUCAACUCUGCAAAACUGGACCCUUGUAGGUGAGGACACACAUCUGAACGUGCUGCUGAACGAGUCGCUGCGCAUCAUCACCCUGGCAUCUGCAGAAAAUAAACGGUUAAGCUUGCUGUUGGACAAUGAACAUCAAACCUCCAAGCAGCAGCAAACAGAAAACAAUGAGCUGAAGCAACUUCUGAGCUCCACUUAUCAAAUGUGCACCCUCCUGGGAAAUGAGAACCACCAACUGACGCUGCUGUUAAAUGCUACACGGUACAACUUCAACAUGCUGACAGCUGAGAAAACACAGCUGAGCAUGCUCUUGAAGAACACACUGAAUGAAAAAACACAGUUGCAAGUAGAGUGUAAAGAGCUGAAUGUGCUUCCAAAUUCAACCCUGCAAAACUGUACCCUUGUAGAAGAGGAAAACAGACAACUGAAAGUGCAUCAGAACGACUUGCUGCGCAACAUCACCCUGGGGUCUGCAGAAAAUGAACGGUUGAACUUGCUGUUAGAUGAUGAACAGCAAACCUCUAUGCAGCUGCAAGUUGAAAACAAUGAGCUGAAGCAACGUCUGAGCUCAACUUAUGAAAACUGCACCUUCCUGGGAAAUGAGAAGCACCGACUGACGCUGCUGCUAAAUGCCACACUGUACAACCUCACCUUGCUGUCAGCUGAAAGGACACAGCUGAGCCUGCUCUCGAGGAAUAAAUCGCACGAAAAAACACAGUUGCAAGUAGAGAGCAAAGAGCUGAUUGUGCUUCUAAAUUCAACUCUGCAAAACUGGACCCUUGUAGGUGAGGACACACAUCUGAACGUGCUACUGAACGAAUCGCUGCGCAUCAUCACCCUGGCAUCUGCAGAAAAUAAACGGUUAAGCUUGCUGUUGGACAAUGAACAUCAAACCUCCAAGCAGCAGCAAACAGAAAACAAUGAGCUGAAGCAACUUCUGAGCUCCACUUAUCAAAUGUGCACCCUCCUGGGAAAUGAGAACCACCAACUGACACUGCUGCUAAAUGCCACAAUGAACAACUUCACCUUGCUGACAGCUGAAAAAACACAGCUAAGCCUGCUCUUGAAGAACACACUGAAUGAAAAAACACAGUUGCAAGUAGAGUGUGAAGAGCUGAAUUUGCUUCCAAACUCAACCCUGCAAAACUGGACCCUUAUAGAAGAGGAGAACAGACAACUGAACGUACGUCUUAACGACUUGAUGGGCAUCAUAACCCUGUGGUCUGCAGAAAAUGAACGGUUGAACUUGCUGUUAGAUGAUGUACAGCAAACCUCUAUGCAGCUGCAAAUAGAAAGAAAUGAGCUGAAGCAACUUCUGAACUCCACUUAUGACAACUGCACCUUCCUGGGAAAUGAGAACCACCGACUGACGCUGCUGCUAAAUGCAACACUGUACAAUUUCACCUUGCUGACAGCUGAAAAAACACAGCUGAGCCUACUCUUGAAGAAUACAACGCGUGAAAAAACACAGUUGCAGAUGGAGAGCAAAGAAGUGAAUGUGCUUCUAAAUUCAAGCCUACAAAACUGGACCCUUGUAGAAAAGAACAGACAACUGAACGUACGCCUGAACGACUUACUGCACAACAUCACCCUGGGGUCUGCAGAAAAUGAACGGUUGAACUUGCUGUUAGAUGAUGAACAGCAAACCUCCAAGCAGCUGCAAAUAGAAAAAAACAAGCUGAAGCAACUUCUGAACUCCACUUAUGAAAACUGCACCUUCCUGGGAAAUGAGAACCACCGACUGACGCUGCUGCUAAAUGCCACAUUGUACAACUUCACCUUGCUGACAGCUGAAAAAACACAGCUGAGCCUGCUCUCGAAGAAUACAUUGCAUGAAAAAACACAGUUGCAAGCGAAGUGUAAAGAACUGAAUGUGCUUCUGAAUUCAACCCUGCAAAACUGGACCCUUGUAGAAGAGGAGAAAAGACAACUGAAUGUGCUGCUGAACGACUCACUGCGCAACAUCACCCUGGGGUCUGCAGAAAAUGAACGGUUGAACUUGCUGUUAGAUGAUGAACAGCAAACCUCCAAGCAGCUGCAAAUAGAAAAAAACAAGCUGAAGCAACUUCUGAACUCCACUUAUCAAAACUGCACCUUCCUGGGAAAUGAGAAUCACCGACUGAAGCUGCUGCUAAAUGCAACACUGAACAACUUCACCCUGCUGUCAGCUGAAAAAACACGGCUGAGCCUGCUCUUGAAGAAUACAACACGCAAAAAAACACAGUUGCAGGUAGAAUGUAAAGAGCUAAAUGUACUUCCAAAUUCAACCCUGCAAAACUGGACCCUUGCUGAAGAGGAGAACAGACAACUGAACGUACGCCUGAACGACUUACUGCGCAACAUCACUCUGGGGUCUGCAGAAAAUGAACGUUUGAACUUGCUGUUAGAUGAUGAGCAGCAAACCUCUAUGCAGUUGCAAAUAAGAAACAAUGAGCUGAAGCAACUUCUGAACUCCACUUAUCAAAACUGCACCUUCCUGGGAAAUGAGAACCACCGACUGAUGCUGCUGCUAAAUGCCACAAUGUACAACUUCACCUUGCUGUCAGCUGAAAAAACACAGCUGAGCCUGCUCUCGAAGAAUACAUUGCAUGAAAAAACACAGUUGCAAGCGAAGUGUAAAGAACUGAAUGUGCUUCUGAAUUCAACCCUGCAAAACUGGACCCUUGUAGAGGAGGAGAAAAGACAACUGAAUGUGCUGCUGAACGACUCACUGCGCAACAUCACCCUGGGGUCUGCAGAAAAUGAACGGUUGAACUUGCUGUUAGAUGAUGAACAGCAAACCUCCAAGCAGAUGCAAAUAGAAAAAAACAAGCUGAGGCAACUUCUGAACUCCACUUAUGAAAACUUCAUCUUCCUGGGAAAUGAGAACCACCGACUGACGCGGCUGCUAAAUGCAACAAUGUACAACUUCACCUUGCUGUCAGCUGAAAAAACACGGCUAAGCCUGCUCUCAAAGAAUACAUUGCAUGAAAAAACCCAGUUGCAAGCGAGGUGUAAAGAACUGAAUGUGCUUCUGAAUUCAACCCUGCAAAAGUGGACCCUUGUAGAAGAGGAGAAAAGACAACUGAACGUGCUGCUGAACGAGUCGCUACGCAACAUCACCCUGGGGUCUGCAGAAAAUGAACGGUUGAACUUGCUAUUAGAUGAUGAACAGCAAACCUCUAUGCAACUGCAAACAGAAAGAAAUGAGCUGAAGCAACUUCUGAACUCCACUUAUGAAAACUUCACCUUCCUGGGAAAUGAGAACCACCGACUGACGCGGCUGCUAAAUGCAACACUGUACAACUUCACCUUGCUGUCAGCUGAAAAAACACAGCUGAGCCUACUCUUGAAGAAUACAACACGUGAAAAAACACAGUUGCAGAUGGAGAGCAAAGUACUGAAUGUGCUUCUAAAUUCAACCCUGCAAAACUGGACCCUUGAAAAAGAGGAGAACAGACAACUGAACGUGCGUCUGAACGACUUGCUGCGCAUCAACACCUUGGGGUCUGCAGAAAAUGAACGUUUGAACUUGCUGUUAGAUGAUGAACAGCAAAACUCUAUGCAGCUGCAAAUAAAAAACAAUGAGCUGAAGCAACUUCUGAACUCCACUUAUCAAAACUCUACCUUCCUGGGAAAUGAGAACCACCGACUGACGCUGCUGCUAAAUACGACAAUGUACAACUUCACCUUGCUGUCAGCUGAAAAAACACAGCUGAGCCUGCUUUCAAAGAAUAUAUUGCAUGAAAAAACACAGUUGCAAGCGAAGAAUAAAGAACUGAAUGUGCUUCUGAAUUCAACCCUGCAAAACUGGAACCUUGUAGAAGAGGAGAAAAGACACCUGAAUGUGCUGCUGAACGACUCACUGCGCAACAUCGCCCUGGGGUCUGCAGAAAAUGAACGUUUGAACUUGCUGUUAGAUGAUGAACAGCAAACCUCCAAGCAGCUGCAAAUAGAAAAAAAUGAGCUGAAGCAACUUCUGAACUCCACUUAUGAAAACUUCAUCUUCCUGGGAAAUGAGAACCACCGACUGACGCGGCUGCUAAAUGCAACAAUGUACAACUUCACCCUAAUGUCAGCUGAAAAAACACGGCUGAGCCAGCUCUCAAAGAAUACGUCACACGAAAAAACCCAGUUGCAAGCGAAGUGUAAAGAACUGAAUGUGCUUCUGGAUUCAACCCUGCAAAAGUGGAACCUUGUAGAAGAGGAGAAAAGACACCUGAAUGUGCUGCUGAACGACUCACUGCGCAACAUCGCCCUGGGGUCUGCAGAAAAUGAACGUUUGAACUUGCUGUUAGAUGAUGAACAGCAAACCUCCAAGCAGCUGCAAAUAGAAAAAAAUGAGCUGAAGCAACUUCUGAACUCCACUUAUGAAAACUUCAUCUUCCUGGGAAAUGAGAACCACCGACUGACACGGCUGCUAAAUGCAACAAUGUACAACUUCACCCUAAUGUCAGCUGAAAAAACACGGCUGAGCCAGCUCUCAAAGAAUACGUCACACGAAAAAACCCAGUUGCAAGCGAAGUGUAAAGAACUGAAUGUGCUUCUGGAUUCAACCCUGCAAAAGUGGAACCUUGUAGAAGAGGAGAAAAGACACCUGAAUGUGCUGCUGAAUGACUCACUGCGCAACAUCGCCCUGGCAUCUGCAGAAAAUAAACGGUUGAGCUUGCUGUUGGACAAUGAACAGCAAACCUCUAUGCAGCUGAAAGCAGAUAAUCAACACCAGCGUUCAAUCCUUUUCUCUGACAAACUGACCUUCCUCUGGAAUUUCUGCAACAGGAACACACUGGAGUGCUCACGCUGCCUGCCUGGUUGGGUCGAGCACGCUUCACGUUGCUUCUUCUUGUCCAGUAAAACGAUGAAGUGGGAAAAUGCUCGCAGGGAGUGUAUAAAAGUCGGGGGUGACCUGGCUGUUGUUCUGAGUGAAGAUGACCAGGUGUUCUUGACCACCAUGACUUUUCAGUUUGUACAGCAGCAUCCUCAAGAAGCAUUCCAUUCGGCGUGGAUCGGGUUGCAGGACAUGGUGAAGGAGGGCACCCACCUCUGGGUCAAUGGCAAAAGACCCCACCCAGAUUUAAUUUACUGGAGGCCUCUGGAGCCAAACAACGCCAUGGCCUGGUGGGACAAAAGCAUGGCGGGGCAGGACUGUGUUGCCAUUGUGCCACCGAGAAGCACCACAGAGGAGAACUGGUUAAAUUCCUGGGAUGACAUUAUUUGUGGUGGCAAACGACACUACCUGUGUGAGACCACAGCUCUCGAUUUGUCCUGAGUGACACACCUGGCAUGUAGCAGUCUAUUUUUAGCCCAGAUCUGCUGGACUCUGCCUGCCCCCAGUAUGUGUUGUACAUAUGUAUGUAUUGUGCUAUACAAAGAAAGUGAAAUGUCACUGUUGAUAGGGACAUGAAUGUCAACUCAUUAGGUACUUAUUUUGGUUAAAUACCACAAAAAGUACCAAACUAAGGCUACUACAUGGCUCAACAAGUGUCUUGACUGCCAACAAUUUAAAAAAAAUGGGUAUAUUCCAGGCUCUUCUCCAUGGUACUUAAGUAGUCUUAUAGUAGUACAGUACAAAAGCAUGACAGCUGUCAUUAGUGGCACAAGACAAACAGCGACCUUUCUCAGUUGUUUCUCAGUUCAGUUUCAAAUAAUUACUUAAAUAAUGCUGCUAACAUGCUAAUUUGGCAGGAGCGCUGUUCCAGUGGUGGAAACGACCUUAUUUAAAUAAAUGUUUAAAGGUAUUUGUACUUCA